CCAGUGAGGUUAAUCAGUCUUCCCAAGGUCAGGUCUGCUGACCCCACUAAUCAGCUUGAGCCUCCUAAUCCAUCACCAGCAGGAGCCUCAGGAUGGACCGCAGGGGCUUGGGAGAGCUGGCAGGGGCCAUCUUGGCCCUUCUCCUGCAGACCCGGUCUGGAGGGGAUGGGGCAGCUGAGCCAUGUGCACUAUGCUCUUCCUGCUCAGCACCUUGGCCAUGCUCUGGCGCCGCCGAUUCGCCAACAGGGUCCAACCAGAGCCCAGUGGGGUAGAUGGAGCAGUUAUGGGCAGCAGCUUGGAAACAGACCUCCAGUCCUCAGGCAGAGAGAAAGAACCGCUGAAGUAAGCCCUCGCCUCUUCAGGCGCAGCUCAGCCCCAGGGCCUGGGAUCAGCUGGCAGCUCACGUCCUGGUGUGCCCCCCACCCCCGAAGGACGCCGUGGCGGAAGGAGCUGCAGGAGGGAGACUGGGGAAAGCAGCCGUUGAGAAGCGCAGGCCUCCCUGAAGCCACCUGGAAGUCUGCAGCUGCUCAGUGGAAGAAGAGGUUUUACUGGCCUGGCCGCCCAUCUUUGGCAGCUCAGCUUGUCCAGGGCUGUGUGGUGUCACCUUGCGAUGGUGGCACUCACUUCCUAUGACAUUUGCCUCUCCCUGGUCCCCAGAGGUCACCCUGCCACUGGCUGCUCUGCUGAAAUGAUCAAUAGGAAAUGCCGUUUGGAUCUGUGACAUGUCUGCCUGCAGCUGGAUGGAAGCAACUCACAGCUUGUCCUCGGCGUGUGUUUUCUGUGUGUGUGUGUGCAUGCGUGCCCGUGUCCCAAAUGGGCAGUAGCAUGUG